CUCAAGUCAAAAGUAGAAGACGGUGAAAAUCAAGGGAGGAGAAAAUAGAUUUUGAUGCCAUCUUUUGGUGAUUUGCCCUCAACUUUCAGAAUCAUGGUGUCAACAAAUGCAAUUGUAGCAAUGAAGUCCAUAGCUUCAGAUCCAAAGAAGAGGCCAGUUUUAAUGCAGGACUCUGCAUGUUUAGGGGGCCUUGUUAUGGUUUUGUCAAACCAGGACAAAAAGAUUGUCAAACUUUCUUUAGAGACAUUAUCUUUAUUGGCGGAGAGUGCAGAGAAUAGGGCUCCCCUGAGAGACUUCAUCGGACUCUUAGAUCAGUUAGACUCGUUAAUUAACAGAUGUAAAGACAAAGAAAUCCAGGGUGUAGCUGAGAAGCUCUACACUGUUUUGACUACUGUAGAAAUGACCACUCCUUUAAGAGAUACUAAAAACACUAGCAGACAUAACAGUAGUGCAAACUGCAGUAAGAGCUUUCUGGGAAAACACAGCACGCGAUCUAAGACCAUUGUCAUGCAAAUACGAGGCAUGUUAGAUAAGCAUGACAGGGAAGUCUGCAUGAGAUUGCUGUUACAAGUCAAGGGUAUCAUCAGUGUGACCUUUGACCUCACCAGGAAACGCUGUAUCGCCCGUACUAGAGCUGACGUCAAGACAGAGACACUUGUUCAGGCGGUAGCUCGCUCCCAGACCAUGUCCGCCCAGCAAGUUAUUAAGGAUCAACAGGGUAAAGAGAUACUGCUGUCCUUUGGAGCCAAACCUGAGGAGAUGGACAAAGAGAACAGCGAUAUGCCGGAGUACUUGUCGGAUGACGGUAACAGUCCUGUGGUGGACGCUAAAGCCAUGGCACGCACAGAUCGGGGCGAAAAGAAAUCCGGGGGCUGGCUCGGGGCUGCUGCCAGUUUCCUCAGCAACUCAUUUUACUGGUGAUUCGUGGCAGAGGUACCAGUAUAUUUGUAACCAUGGCAACUGUUCUACACCUGGCCUCCAUUGCACACUGAGAAUCUCGGCUGUAACCAAACAUACAACAGUUUGUAUCUGUGGAUAACUCAGUGUCACAGUCAGUUCAAGAAAAGUACUUCAGGUUAAAAGCAACUUUUUUUUGCCCCCCAUUUCAGUGCAACAGUUUCUCCAUGACUCUCCAUGAAUGGUUUUUGUGUUGACCAUAGUCUUUGACGUAAGUCAGGUUGUGAAAUUGAGUAGAGUUGGGUGCAUGUGUCCUCACCAUGGUGGUUACAGAAGUUUGUAUGUUACUCUGAAUGAGCUUUGUGGCUUGACCAAAGUUAUCCAUCUCAUUCAGCAAGCCACACACAAAAGACAAGUAGCAUGAUCAAAACAAAGUCAUCUCUCAUCAAGUCUCGACUUGUGACUUUCUUCAUUGUACAUUUGUGGAUUGUUGUCAAGUGAAAAGGGGAAAUAACUCUAGUUGAAAAAGCAGUUAACAACAAUCUUAUAUCUUGGCCGUGAAUAUUUUCAGGCCCCCAGAUCACAAAGCUGUCUUAGACUCAAGUCAGACGUAGUCAUAACUUCAAAACAGUUUAUUGUGCUAAAAUUGUGAUACACUGAGUUUCAAAAAUAAGUUCAGGAAUAAUGCCACAGGUAAAUGCCAAGUCUGAUUUCAGUCUAGGACAGAUUGGUUAUCUGGGGUCACGUUGUCA